AUGGCGAUAGAGAAACAACACGAGAUUAACGAGUCGCAGAUCGGAGUCACCUUGUUCUCCAAGCAACGUCGUAAUAUGACCGACAACGAUAAACUCUGCUUCGUCGAUUCUCCGACAUUCAACUCCUCGGGAUCACAACCUUCUACUGAUGCAAUCAUCAUCAUCGAUGAUGAUGAGGUGGUAACCCUAGAGCCGAAGAAGAAGAAGCGGAGAUUAGGGUCUUGGUGGGAAAACGUAGAACCAUUCGACGAAUUAAUGUGCGUGGUCAAGGGACAACCGAAAGCGACGGACGACAAUGAUGUUGCAUCAAGAGCGGAUUCGUGUUUUUCUUCUACUGAUCUUAACGAGACGAAGACGGAGAAGAAGAACGACGAUGAGAUCAUAUCACUUCCGAACGACGAAAGCGUCGGUGAGAUCAGUACUACUACUACGAGGAAAAAGAAGGGUUAUGAACACGUGACCCUUGAGGAUUUUGAAGUUUCGAUGGAAGAUCUCAAGAGUAUCCCAUGGGAAUCGUUUGAUACGACAUGGGAGAUUAGGUCGGAUCCAUGGCUUGGUGGCUACAUGGAAGACUUUGUUUCUCUUUAA